UGCGUUCCAAACGAGAUGCAGGAGCGUGAAAUGGAUCAUCUUGAACACAUAACAUCCAUUGGCCCCAGGACUACAGGAAGUCCAGAAAAUGAAAUUCUGACUGUGCAUUACCUUUUGGAACAGAUUAAACUGAUUGAAGUUCAAAGCAGCAGCCUUCACAAGAUUUCAGUAGAUGUACAACGGCCCACAGGCUCCUUUAGCAUUGACUUUUUGGGAGGUUUUACAAGCUACUAUGACAACAUCACCAACGUUGUGGUAAAGCUGGAACCCAGAGAUGGAGCCCAGCAUGCUGUUCUGGCUAAUUGUCAUUUUGACUCUGUGGCAAACUCACCAGGUGCCAGUGAUGAUGCUGUUAGCUGUUCGGUGAUGCUGGAAGUCCUCCAUGUCUUGUCAACGUCUUCAGAAGCCUUGCAUCAUGCUGUCAUAUUUCUCUUUAAUGGUGCUGAGGAAAAUGUUUUGCAGGCCAGUCAUGGUUUCAUUACUCAGCACUCCUGGGCCAACUCAAUUCGUGCAUUUAUUAACCUGGAGGCAGCAGGUGUAGGAGGGAAAGAACUUGUAUUCCAAACAGGUCCUGAAAAUCCUUGGUUGGUCCAAGCUUACGUUUCCGAAGCCAAACAUCCUUUUGCGUCUGUGGUGGCUCAGGAGGUUUUUCAGAGUGGCAUCAUUCCUUCAGAUACUGACUUCCGCAUCUACAGGGACUUUGGGAACAUUCCAGGAAUAGACUUGGCUUUUAUUGAGAACGGAUACAUUUAUCACACCAAGUAUGACACAGCGGACAGAAUUCUAACAGAUUCCAUUCAGAGAGCAGGUGACAACAUUUUAGCAGUUCUUAAAUAUCUAGCUACAUCUGAUGUGUUGGUUUCUUCUUCUAAGUACCGGCAUGGGAACAUGGUCUUCUUUGAUGUGCUCGGCCUGUUUGUCAUUGCCUACCCCUCUCGUGUUGGCUCCAUAAUUAACUGCAUGGUGGUAAUGGCUGCUGUUCUGUACCUGGGCAAAAAGUUGUUGCAGCCCAAACAUAACACAGCUAACUACACGAAGGACUUCUUCUGUGGAUUUGGCAUCACUCUGAUAGGCUGGUUCACUAGCCUGGUGACCGUCCUCAUUAUAGCCGUGUUCAUCUCUCUGAUUGGACAGUCUCUCUCAUGGUACAACCACUUCUAUGUCUCCGUUUGUCUUUAUGGAACUGCUGCUGCAGCCAAGAUAAUAUUCAUACAUACCCUUGCAAAAAGAUUUUAUUAUGUGAACGCCAGUGACCAGUAUCUGGGAGAAGUAUUUUUUGACAUCGCGCUGUUUGUGAAUUGUGGUUCCCUUAUAGCUCUCAUUUAUGGAGGAUUUUGCUCGGCAUUUAUCAGUGCUGUGUGGGUGGCGUUUCCAUUGCUCACAAAGUUUUGCGUGCACAAGGACUUCAAGCAGCACGGUGCCCGAGGAAAAUUUAUUGCCUUUUACCUCCUGGGGAUGUUUAUUCCUUAUCUCUAUGCAUUAUACCUCAUCUGGGCGGUGUUUGAGAUGUUUACCCCCAUCCUUGGGAGGAGUGGUUCGGAAAUCCCACCGGAUGUUGUGCUGGCUUCCAUUUUGGCUGGUUGUACGAUGAUUCUCUCCUCUUAUUUUAUUAACUUCAUCUACCUUGCCAAAAGCACACAGAAAACCAUGCUAACUUUAACUCUGGUGUGUACAGUUACAUUCCUCCUUGUUUGCAGUGGAACUUUUUUCCCAUACAGCUCCAAUCCUGCCAGUCCAAAGCCAAAGAGAGUGUUUCUUCAGCAUAUGACAAGGACAUUUCAUGACUUGGAUGGAAAAGUAGUUAAACGGGACUCUGGCAUAUGGAUCAAUGGGUUUGAUUACACUGGAAUGUCUCACAUCACCCCUCACGUCCCGGAGAUCAACGACACCAUCCGAGCGCACUGCGAGGAGAAGGCCCCCCUCUGUGGUUUCCCGUGGUACCUCCCAGUGCACUUUCUCAUCAGGAAAAACUGGUAUCUUCCUGCCUCAGAAGUUUCUCCCAGAGAACCUGUUCAUUUCAGACUUAUAUCCAAAGAGCAGACCCCCUGGGAUUCUGUAAAGUUGACCUUUGAAGCAUCAGGACCAAGCCAUAUGUCAUUGUAUGUUCGACCCCACAAAGGCUCAACACUUUCUCAGUGGUCUCUCGGCAACGGCACCCCGGUCACAAGUAAAGGAGGGGACUACUUUGUAUUUUACUCCCAUGGACUCCAAGCCUCUGCAUGGCAGUUCUGGAUAGAAGUACAGGUCCUGGAAGAGCAGCCCGAGGGAGUCGUCACCGUGGCCAUCGCUGCCCACUACUUUUCUGGGGAAGACAAGCGGUCCUCCCAGCUGGACGCUCUGAAAGAGAAGUUCCCGGACUGGACGUUCCCUUCUGCCUGGGUGUGCACCUAUGACCUCUAUGCGUUUUAAUCUUGUGAAUGAGCUGAGUAAAUGCCCCGUGGGAUGCUUCAGGUGACAUGGUCUCUCCUUAAGCUACAUGGAUAUUUGUAAUGUAAGACAAUGAAUUUUAGUAAGUUUUGUAGGCUAGCCCUCUUGGGGCCAAGCACUGUAGUGGUUGUGCUGUGGGGUAGUGACACAUGGCCUUUUUAAAACUUGAAAAUGCCAGCUUUCUGGCGCUUAAGCACACGUGGGUACUACCACUACACUAACAUGUCAUUUUAUAUGACCUUACGGACAAAAGCCAACAGACCACUUCAACAGCUGUCCCCGGAGAGUCCUGAAAGAUGCUGAAAGUACUGCAAGACCAUUGUUAAUGAGACAAAUGACAUUUCCAAUGAAAGCCCAAGACCACUGUUGUGUCAUGGAUGUGGGUAAAUUGCCAGUCACUGGAGUAAUGAUUCCCCUGGAGGCCUACUGUAGGUCACUAGGAAACUAUUACAAAAGGACGGGAAGCAGCUUUGGGCUUCUGAGGCCCCAGCCUGUGCUGGGAGAAGUGUCUUCAGGCAGCUGCUAGCGUGUGCGCUGGAGCCCAGGACCCUGGUGUGGAAGCCGGUGGUUCCUCGCCUUCUGAGGAGUGGUCAGUGCGAUACUUGUCGCAAUGCUCGUUUCUCUCUGGAACAUCUGUCCCCCCUCCCCACCUUACCGAUGCUCUACCCCCUCCGGUUUUCACAGGUUCUCUUGGUCCAGAAUGUCAGUUGUUUGUGCAAGUACAGGACUUUCACUUCCUGCCCCAGAGCCGGGUUGCCAUGGCGUCUGUUCUGGGGAGGGUGGAGGGUGGGUAAUAGUGACUGAGCAUUUUAUACAUACUUAUUCUCUUUGUUUUGUAGAAGGGAAUUUUCCAAGGUUAAUCCUUAAGGGCAUAAUUUUAUUGAUGCAUGGAGUCCUUAUUUUUGUCUGUUUUCUAACCAGCUGAACAGAUUGGUUUCUCAGUAACUUAGUGUCCAGCAGAACUGGCUUCCCUGUAGCUGUUGGGGUUCAGACCCUGCAUAAUGGCAACCCUAGGACUUAAGAGGUGCUUUUUGUUUUGAAGAAGGUGGCUGUGAGCAAUCACAGCAGUGGAAGGGCUUGGUGAGAUCCCUGGCAAAUUUUGCUAGCUUUCUUUUUUCUGUUAAGAGAUGUAAAAAGUUGGACUAAUUCUGCAUUUACUAAGCAUAAGCUCCCCCCCCAAAAAAAACAUUUUAAAGAAAAGCUACAAUAAGAAUUAAUUGGCACUUGGACCCAUUUGAACAGAAAGAUUAUAGUAAGUAUGCAUCACGGGAGGAAAUUCUUCUUGAUACAUGUGAUUUCUAAUCAUGCUCCUCAUAUUGCCUGCCUAGUUUGUGGCUCUUUAAAACUCACUGGGCCCACACAAACAGGGCUGCAGCCAGAGCUGAGUGAUAACAUGCUGGCUGUGACAUGCAUGGGCACUAGAGCCAUUGCUUUUUUUUGACUUUGUAGAAACCACAUAUUUCUAGCCUCAAGUGCCUGACUCCUGCCACAUUUAUCUGUCAGGCGGUAAUUAAGUGUUUAUAGCUUGUAUGAAUCACAGUUGUGGAGGAAAAGUUAGAAACUUAAUAGCUCAAUGAAUUUUAAAAUACAGUCAGUCCUCCAUAUUUGCAGGUUCCACAGAUGGAAAAUAUGCAGGAAAAAAAAGUUACAUUAUUGUUGACAUGGACUAAGUAGUUAGGCCUACAGUGGUUGUGUCAGUAGUAAACAUGUAGACUUUUUUCCUUAUCCUUAAAAAAUACAGUAUAACAACUGCUUACAUUAGGUAUUACCAGUAUAAGUAAUGUAGAGAUGAUUUAAAGUAUAUGGGAGGAUGUACGUAGGCUAUAUGCAAAUACUAUGCUAUUUUAUAUAUGGGACUUAAGCAUCCAUGGAUUUGGGUAUCCAAGAGGGUGGUUCUAAGGGAUGACUGUACAAGCAUAUUUUUGUGAGUAAUCUGAAAUUACCAGAAAUUAUUUUUAAGAAAAAAAAAAGGCAAAAACCCAAAUGUGUUACUUGUGAUUAGUUUCCUUUGGGAAGGAUGUUGUUACUCCUUUUUUCAGUAACAAUCAUGGUUUUCUUUUUGCCCUUGAAUUGUACCUUUAUAUGUAAACAAUUAUGUUUUUAGGCUUUCUUUAGUAUUAUAAAGCUUCCAUAUUAUGCAAGGUUGGUAACAAAUCUCUGGGCAUGCUUAAUCUUCUGGGAUAUUGAUUUAAUGGCAGAAAUGGUUAAAUAAUUCCAAUAUUCAUGGCUCUAUUAAUAAGCACACCACUGUUAGAUCAGAAGCCCUCUGAAAUUAAAGAAUUUUGUUUUUUUAAAAGGUUAUUCAAAUGAUCAGAUACUUAAAAAGUCUUUGCAAAUUCUAAAAUACAUGAUUUCCUACAGAAUUUAAAUGUAAGGAGAACAUUCAGGGAAAGUGUAAAUGCGAUUUCGAAGGAAUUAUUUCUUAAAAUUUACUGUGUUGUCCUGAAAAAAACUAUUGUUGCAUGAAGUAUCUGUUUCCAGCAUGCUAGGAUUCUUAAAAUGUUGCUGAGGGGGCCAUAACCCAGCUUGCUGACUCAGGAAGCUACAGAAAAAAUGAUUAUGUCUGUCCAUUACUUUUCACUGGUUUCACUUGAGAAUUAAUUGUUGCCUUACAAUGUUACUGAAAUAAACUUUAAUAUACUAGUUAGUAUAUUAAAAUAGAAAAAUAUA